AGUGCUAGGUUUUAACGUAAAUUUCUUCUUUCACGAGUUAUUUACCAGCCCCCUCACAUAUACUAAUUUACCACAAACAGAACAUUAAUAUCACCAACCAUUCCCGCUUUAUUAAGGUGUAUCUAAAUGGCGCACCCUGUAUAGCUCCUUUGUGCUUCAUAGAUGGCAAAGUAUAAAAUGACAUGGGAGUAAGUAAAAUAAUGGCAGAAUAAAAAUUUUUGGACACUACAAAUGUAUUUUUUUUAAAUUGCAAGGCAAUCAGAUUCCAGGUUAAAACAGCCUGGGAUAGAAAGAAACUACUGAGAGGAGUUGAAGGUUUUCUCUAUUGACUAAAUGAGUGGUUAAACAGAGCUCUGUGUUUAUAGGAGCUGCGUCACUGCUGUCAGGUCAAAGGACAUUGACUUGCCUUUAUCCGGCUGUUGAAGUUUGCAUUUGAAGCAGAGCUUCGCACUCCAGAUCUUUUGAAUAAUGGCAGCAGAUUGACGCUCUGGAUUACUGAGCUCACCGAUGCUGAAUUUAUUCAAAUCAUCUUCCAGUUAUCUGAAGAAUUCAGCAAAACCGUUGAACGAAUCUUCAAUCUUCUGAGUACAACUGCAAGAGUUUUUGCCUCAAAUCUGUCAUAGACGAUAUAGAGAUAUCUGUGGAAAGACGAUUAAACAAUGUCAUCAAGGAAUAUUUUGCUUUACCCAGAGAAAACCGCUGCAAACCAACAGCAGGAUUUCGUGGCUUUUAGGUCUGCUGCAAUCAUUAACUUAUGAUGCAUUCCAGAGCCUUUCAUCAAGACUGCUGUACAGUAUGAUCAACGCUGGGCGUCACACUGUUCUACAAGAAUGCAUAAGGAUAUACGGUCUAUAACCAAAAUAAGGAUUGCUGAAAAAAAUAGUUUGCACACUUUUGUAAAGUCUGAGAAAAAAUCUCAAAUGUUUUUGCUGUAAGGGUGAAAAUUUCAAGAUUCUUGGACACUCCACCAUGGUUAACAUGUCCGAGUCAAACAGUUCCAGUCCUGGACUGAGUGAUGUUGAGCGAGUGUUGGUUCCCAUAUUCGACAGCUUCAUCCUGGUGACUGGAGUAAUCGGACACGUCUUAGUUCUCAUUGUCAUCAGUAGAAUGAUGCGCAAAGGACAUGGACAGCCCAGCGGAGGACGGACAGGAGGACUCCAACAAACCAAUGCAAACGGGACGGAUGUUCUUCUUCUGUCUUUAAGUGUGGCGGAUCUUCUCCUGCUUUGCUGUCUCCCUUAUCACACGGUUGCCAUUGCAACCCGUCACUGGCCAUUUGGAAGCUUCAUGUGCAAGUCUGUGAGCUUCCUUAGUGCCAUGUGUACGGCUGCAAGCGCCUUUACUUUGUCCGCUUUGGCCUUCGCUCGAUACGUUAUUGUGGUUCAUCAGUCAAAAGCGUACCGAUGGCGUAGAGAGGGCCGUAUGAAAGUGAUCGCUGGUGUACUGUGGAUACCAGCCAUUAUCUUGGCAUCGCCUCAAUUUGCUUGGAGGACGCUGAUUUCAGGAGUGGACGACCGUGAAUCUCGCGAGGACUUGGCAUGCUUUAAUUUCCUUUCGGACUCAGGCCAGUUGGCUUACGGCGUGUGCCACUUCCUACUGGCUUUUGCAUUUCCACUUGGGAUCAUCGUAAUAGCUUACGCCAAGAUAUAUCACUUCUUGAAGAUCACUAGACGGAGUCGCACAACUCAAACCACUGACCGACUGGAGCACUACCAUGUGCACGUGACCCAAACGUCUGCUCUGUUAGUGCUGGCGUUUACAGUGUGUUGGCUGCCGUCAUAUGGGUUGAUGUUUGCUCAGAUGGCUGAGAGUGACAAAGCGACUGGUCCUUUAUCUCAGUUAGGACCGUUUGCCACAUUUGCUCGCAUCAUGGCCACGUCUUCAACUGUGGCCAAUCCCAUUCUCUAUGUUUUCAUGUCAGAGAAAUUCAGAAAGGAACUAAUGGAUCUUUUUAAAGGGGGCUGUGGAAACAGACUCUCCAUAUAGGAGCCCUAUAUACAGACUACAGACUUCCUGAAUUAACCUUUGAGUGCUCAAGAGUAAAUGACAUGGUGAAGUCCAUAAAAUAAGUUGUUUACACACGGUACAUAAAUGCAAUUGUUAACAAUCAGUAUUUAUUUGUAAACAAAUAUGGAGAAUAUUUCUAUGAGUGAUGCUACAGUGACCAAUGGCUUGGACUCACUGUCAUUGAUGUGUGUAUUAUGUCAUUUGUAUAUUAAAAUCUACAGAUACGGGCCGUCACGGUGGCGCAGUGGAUAGCCUUACGGCAAGAAGGUCGCUGGUUCA